GGCCAGCCCAGCUCCGGCCCGCCUCACACCGUGCAGCCCGGGCGCCCUAGCGAGCGCGGGCCCGGCGCCGGGCCCGGGCAGACGGCCGGGGGCGUCUCCGCCGAGACUCUCUCCGUGGCCCCUGAGAGGCGAGGGCGAAGGCUGAGUGGGGCCGAAAUCAUGAACCGGAGUUUUCACAAGUCUCAGACCCUACGCUUCUACGACUGCAGCGCCGUGGAAGUCAAGAGCAAGUUUGGGGCUGAAUUCCGAAGGUUCUCCUUGGACCGUCAUAAGCCUGGGAAGUUUGAAGAUUUCUACCAGCUGGUUGUGCACACCCACCACAUCUCCAACACCGAAGUGACCAUCGGCUACGCCGAUGUACACGGCGACCUGCUGCCCAUCAACAAUGAUGACAACUUCUGCAAGGCGGUGUCAAGCGCCAACCCCUUGCUUCGGGUCUUCAUCCAGAAGCGAGAAGAGGCAGACCACUACAGCUUUGGAACAGGCACCCUGUCAAGGAAGAAGAAGGUGCUGGUGACCCUGAGGGACGAGGGUCUGCGCCGGCGUACACACCUCAACAUCAGCAUGCCGCAUGACUUCCGCCCAGUGUCGUCCAUCAUUGAUGUGGACAUCCUCCCCGAGACACACCGCCGAGUGAGGCUCUACAGACAUGGCUGUGAAAAGCCCCUGGGCUUCUACAUUCGAGAUGGCACCAGCGUGCGUGUGACCCCCCACGGGCUAGAGAAAGUCCCGGGCAUCUUCAUUUCCCGGAUGGUGCCCGGGGGCCUCGCAGAGAGCACUGGGCUACUGGCUGUGAAUGAUGAAGUCUUGGAGGUGAAUGGGAUUGAGGUAGCUGGAAAGACAUUGGAUCAAGUCACAGACAUGAUGAUUGCCAACAGCCACAACCUCAUUGUCACCGUCAAGCCUGCCAACCAAAGGAACAACGUGGUCCGCAGCAGCCGCACAUCCGGGAGCUCUGUCCAGUCCACAGACAGCACCACCAGUCACCACAGCCUGCCAGCCGCCCAUGUCCUGCAGAAUUUCCACACUGAAGAAAUGGAGAGUGAUGAGGAAGCCGACAUUGUCAUUGAGGGGGCUCUGGAACCUCAACACAUUCCCAAGACACAGGCUGGACCUCCAGGCAGCCUCUCGAGGGCCAACGGCACCAGCCUGGCCCACAGGCUGCACAGGGACAUGGUCCUGCACAGCUCUGGGCGAGAGAGCAACGGCAGCAUCCACAGGUUCCUCAGCUCCCUGAAACCAGACCCCCGACACAGCCUGGUCCUCCCCCAAGGAGGUGUAGAGGAGCAUGGACCGGCCAUCACACUCUAGGGAUUGAGCCACUUGGGCAGGCCGAGGUCCCAGACAGACUGCGUGGCAGCAAGACCCAUGGGUGGCAAGUGUUGAGUAGCAUGUAGUACUAUUAGAUGUAUAGUGACUCCAAAGGGAAAUACUUUAAACUUUUAUGUCAAUUUUAAAAUAAGAAAAAUGUGUACUUCAUCUUUUCCUUUUUUCAUCAUUCCUACAAUCCUAUUCUUUAUUUAAGCUUUUGGACAAGAAUACUGUCUAUUUUUAUAGGAUUUUUCCACAGAGCUUAAAAUUAUACAUACCUGCACAUAUUCUGAGCCAGGCCUCAGUGCAUGUCCAGAACCUUUGCAGAGUAAAACAAAAUACUAAAGUACAGAGGGUAUUUUUUAAAUUUUUUAAAAUACUUGUUUUUAAAAUGAAGCUUUAUAGAUAACUUUUUUAAACUAGUAAAAUUCCUGUUUUUAACUAGUUCAUGUAAAAAUACCGUGUGCUGCCUGAGUGCGCUACUGACCCAGUGUGGCUGUGACAGGAAAAUGGGAACUGUCUGCGGAUGGCUUUCCUCACAGAAGAAUCUCUUUUCACAUUGUUUACAGCCAGCUCCAAAAGCCCACUGGCCUAGACCAGGAGCCGCUGGGGUCCCAGGGGCUGUGCAUUUGCAGGUCUGCCCCAGCCUCCACAGGCAGGCAGUUACUGCCUUCAGCCUCCUACAUUGAGUUUAAGAAGUCAGCAAGUCUGCUGGCUGGAAGAUGCGGCCCAGUGAUGUCACGUGGGAUUAAAAGCCAAUGUUUCCAUCAGUGUUUUCUUUGGGUGGACAGACCAGGGCAGUUUUCAGAUGUCUGCAGUAGAAAUGAGAGACGAGCACCACACCUCUGAAGCCCCACAGCAGUGGGGUGGACAUGCUUGUUAGCUUUGCUUUAAAACAGCUGGUUGUUUUUCUAAGAGAAGAGCAGAGCAUGUCAGUGCGUGUUUCCACAGCAGUGGUUGGUGGCAGGAAUUCUCUCAACUAGAACAAAGCACGUGGAACUUAAUAGUUUUGACAGAUCACUUUUCUUAGACCUUCUUAGAGGUGUAUUAUUGUCUGACCCAAUUAAAUUUUAUAUGAAUUGUGUUUUCUGUUUGGAUACAGUGUUGGCAAGAGAAUGGCUCAUUUAUUAACUGAGAACAAACUGACCGAGUGGAUCUUACAUGUAAAUACAGGUUUAAAGUGUCUUCCCAGCCUUCCAGGUGGAGAGCCCCACCUGCUGGUCAGAGGCAGAACUGUCCUGACUUCAUGACUGUCAGAAGAGCACUGCUUCCCAGCGUUCUCCUUUGUCUGGGGUUUAUUGUGAAGAAGUGAGUUCUUUUCCUUUUCUGUUUAUUGGGCAGAAGUAGCUUUUGCUGAGGAACUGUUUCCUUGGCCUGUUUCUCAGUUGUGUGCUGAGGAUCAUCCACCACUUAUUUCUGAGCACAAGGAAAAGAUGCUCCCUGAGUCUCAGUGCUAAAAGAGCAUAUCGUGUGUUGCUCCAGUAGUCUGGAAUGUGUUUUACAACAAGUAUUACAGAACCAAAAAGCUGAUGAUCAGUUACUACAAGAUUUGUGCUCAGCUAAGCUACCGCUUGGUACAGUGUGUUGAAUACACUGGGUUUACUACCAAGAUGAAAAGUUGUUUCUUAUCCAUGCUUAAGUUGUUUGGCAAAUGUGAAUCAGUUUAUUCAAGGGAACUAAAAAAAAAAAGAUGUUGUGAGCUGUUGCAUAUGAGGAAUUACAUGUGUUUAGCGGAUGCCUGAGUGUAUUUUUCUAAACAGAACUCUACUCCUACAUUUUAUUUCUUUUGAACAAAUCUACGUCAUUCUAUAUUGUUUGGUUUUAUAUAUCAGAAAAUAAAAACUGUUUUGCUUUUGAGUUUA